UUGUACAUACGCUUAUCAAGCCCAAGGCAAAACAAUUAUACGUGUUUUGAGAUGAAAGAUUAACCAGAAAGUAUUUUUAUUGCUCGAUCGGAAAAAAUCUACAUUCAGUUAAGUUCCUGGUAGUGACCAGGAAAGUCAUUAAAAAUGGUUAAAAUUAUAUUAUUUUCAAUACUGGUGGUCAUUAGUGUUUUAAGUCAAUUUUCCUUGGCUUCAAAUAAUAAUGUCGAUUGGUGGGAAGAUGCAUCCUUCUAUCAAAUUUAUCCAAGAUCCUGGAAGGAUAGUGAUGGCAAUGGAAUUGGAGAUCUUAAUGGAAUAACCGAAAAACUUGAUUAUCUCAAGGAAAUCGGUAUAACUGCCACAUGGCUAUCGCCCAUUUUUGAAUCGCCAAUGGUUGACAAUGGAUACGAUAUUUCUAAUUUCACCAGAAUUGAACCUCUUUUCGGAACAAUGGAUGAUUUUGAUGCUCUUGUGAGAAAGGCCAAAAGUAUUGGUGUAAAAGUGAUUUUGGACUUUGUUCCAAAUCAUUCCAGUGAUGAAUGUGAAUGGUUUAGAAAAUCGGUUAACCGUGAGGAUGGUUAUGAUGAUUUCUACGUUUGGGCUGAUGGCAAAGAUGAUCCGAAAAAUCCUGGAAAGAAACUUCCUCCAUCAAAUUGGCUGAGCGUAUUCGAAGGCUCUAUGUGGGAAUGGAACGAAAAACGUCAGCAAUUCUAUUUGCAUCAGUUCUUUAAACAACAGCCUGAAUUUAACUUUAGAAGUCCGAAAGUACACAAAGUCAUGUUGGAAGUCUUGAAAUUUUGGCUCGAUAAAGGUGUUGAUGGUUUCAGAAUUGAUGCCGUUCCUCAUAUGUAUGAAAGGAUGUUCGAAAAUGGAACUUAUCCCGAUGAGAAACUUAGUGGUAAUUCUGACAAUCCAAAUUCACAAUACUAUCUUGAGCAUAAACACACUCAAGAACAAUACGAAACUGUGGAGCUCUUGUAUGAAUGGAGGGAAUUUUUAGAUGAAUACAAAAGGAAGAACGGUGGAGAUACAAGAAUUCUUCUAGCAGAAGCCUAUGCUAGCAUGAAGUCUAUUAGACAGUAUUUUGGCAAUGGAACACACUAUGGUGCUCAUUUACCAUUUAACUUUAAUAUGAUGUCAGUUAGAGAAUUUUCAAAUGCACGAGAUUUUGAAACAUAUGCCAAAAAUUGGACAGAUGUUAUGUGGAAAACUCACAAAAUGGCUAAUUGGGUGAAUGGUAAUCAUGACAUUCCAAGGUUAUCAACUCGAGUGGGAAAAGAUAAAAAUGAUUUGGUAAAUGUUCUAACUGCCGCACUUCCCGGGGCUACAGUAACAUAUUACGGUGAAGAAAUUGGAAUGGCAAACUCAGCUAUUGUGUGUCCAAAUUGUUACGAAGGUGAAGAACGUAAAUUUGUACGAUCUCCAUUCCAAUGGAAUGAUGGAGUAUCAGCUGGAUUUUCAACAUCAAACAACACUUGGUUACCAGUUGCUGAUAACUAUAAAAAAGUCAAUGUUAAACUUCAACGAGGAGUUGCUAGGAGUUCUUUGAAUGUUUUCAAAAAUGUCCAUAGACACAAACAUACUGCAGCAUUUAAGGCGUUUAAAAAUGAUGGUGGUUUUAGUUUUGGAGCUGUGACUGAUAAUGUCUUUCAAAUAAUUCGUGGUAAUUCAACAGCGGAAUAUCGAAUUUUAGCGAAUUUCGGUAAAAAAGUUGAGCAUGUUGGUAAGCUGCUUGAUUCUUCGCGUAGCCGUAAAAAUAUUUAUGAAUAUACAUUGGUUACUGAUUAUUCUCCUCACAAUAUUGGUGAAAGAGUAAAACUAAGUGAUGUCACCAUUAUGCCGUCUGAAGCUGUUAUUUUAAGAAAACUUAUUAAAAAAUAAAAAAUAUGAG